UGUCAUGCUAUAGUCAUGCUCAUUCAACAUCAGUACUUUGUAAAAUUCAGAAUACAAGUUACAAGCCGAGAAACAGAAAAAACGUAAAUUUACAAGAUCGCCAAAACUAAAUUUAUAAUGAAUACUAAUUCGACAUUGCUGCCUUAUAUAAUGGGCUUGCUCAGUGAGCAGCCUCACCUAUGCACCACUAGAGAGGAUCUGAUUAAGAAAAUUAACGAUGUGGUGCUUGAAGAGCACAUAGCUCCUUUCGGCAGUCUCGAGCGUGCUGUGGACUUUGGUCUUGUCGUGGGCGUCAACCUGGGGAUCAUCUCCCUGACCAAUGAAAGGGUCCGUUUGCCCUUUAAUUUUCGAACUAGACAGGCCAGUUACAAGGUGCCCUCUGGACCCAAGAUCUCGCCUUGUCAGGGACGUCGGGCCAUUAGGCAGCGGACGCCAACGUCAAAAGCGGCCAAGUUCAUGGGUUUAAAGAGGUCAGGACGGAAGUCGGCAGGAAAGACGUCUGGCGAGGUGAAGAAGAAACAGUCCUAAUGAUUUCUCCCUUUUCAUACCGAACUGCCGGCUGUAUACGGGCGUGUUAUUGAACCAGACGGACAAGCUUCCGAACAACUGGGUUAACUAGGUGAAGUCGGCAGCGAUGGCACACACUUGGACUAAUUACCAGGACAGGGGCACAGAAAAUAAAUUUUAAAAAGGGUAAA